UGACUGGGUCCACACCCAGAUCUUUCUCUUUGCCUGAUAAAUUCAUGUACAAGAAACGGCCCCCUCAAAUCCUUUGGCUGUCCAGUUCUGAGUUUUAUCUCUGGCCAGAUCAAGGUUCCAUUCCUAGAAGAGGAGAUUCCUGCCCAGUUUUGGACAUUUCUAUGGAGAUAUUCUCAAGCUCCGUGAUCCUUUGCUCAGCUGUGUCCCGUCCACUGUUUUUCGCCAUGCCUGAGUCGGCCAAGUCCACUUCUGCCCCGAAGAAGGGUUCCAAGAAGGCGGUGACCAAGGCCCAAAAAAAAGAUGGUAAGAAGCGCAAGCGCAGCCGCAAGGAAAGCUACUCGGUGUACGUGUACAAGGUGCUGAAGCAGGUCCACCCGGACACCGGUAUCUCGUCUAAAGCCAUGGGCAUCAUGAAUUCGUUCGUUAACGACAUUUUCGAGCGCAUCGCGGGCGAGGCGUCGCGCUUGGCGCAUUACAACAAGCGCUCGACCAUUACUUCCAGGGAGAUCCAGACGGCUGUUCGCCUGCUGCUGCCCGGCGAGCUAGCCAAGCACGCCGUGUCUGAGGGCACCAAGGCUGUCACCAAGUACACCAGCUCCAAGUGA